ACAUCUAUCGCAGUUGGGGCCCGCCACACCUGGCUUGCAGUAGCAGAAUCCCGUCUUGGGGUGGCAUCGCCAGCUUCUGCUGAACGUUGCGUUGGCUGAACCCAUUGGCUGGCAGGAGCAAGCUACGGAGAUAUGAGUAUUGGCAGGAGGCACUGAGAGGCCUGUAACCAGACCACAAAAGAUGCAGAGGUAGAGCCAAGCUCUGAUUUCACCCAGGCAAACUGUUCUAUGGUUUCCCACACAGGACCCUGUGCUUACAGUGCACAGCACAGAUGGUGUGAACACUCAUGAACAAUUAUUCAGAGCAAACAGGAAAGUUCAGUGAGGAAGGAAGAAUCGAGUUGUUCUUGGAGGCUCGCUUUGCGCAAUGCUUUGCGUUAUUUCCCACCUGACGUACAAAAGAAGCUGGUGCUGGAAUUUGCUGAAGAACUCAGGCUGUAUGGCCAUAUCUACAUGUACAGAUUCUUUCCAGAUAUUGAGAUGAGAGCAUACCCUAUAGAAGACUAUCCUUGCAAGACCAAAUCAGCUGCUGCCAUUAUGCUGAUGAUCAUGAAUAAUCUGGAUCCCUCGGUGGCUCAGUUUCCACAGGAGCUUGUCACUUAUGGAGGAAAUGGGCAGGUCUUCAGCAACUGGGCUCAGUUCUGGUUGGCAAUGCAAUAUUUGUCAGAGAUGACCGAAGAGCAAACACUGGUAAUGUACAGUGGACAUCCUCUGGGACUGUUUCCCAGCCGUCAGUAUGCUCCACGAUUAGUGAUUACUAAUGGCAUGGUUGUUCCCAACUAUUCCAGUAGAGAUGAAUAUGAGAAGAUGUUUGCUUUGGGAGUAACGAUGUAUGGUCAGAUGACUGCAGGGAGCUACUGCUACAUUGGGCCCCAGGGAAUAGUCCAUGGAACUGUGCUCACAGUGCUGAAUGCAGGCCGUCGCUAUUUGAAGGCGGAAGAUCUGUCUGGAAAGGUGUUUGUUACUUCUGGUCUUGGAGGGAUGAGUGGGGCUCAAGCUAAGGCUGCAGUCAUUGCUGGGUGCGUGGGGAUUAUUGCAGAGGUUGAUGAAGCAGCGCUUAUGAAGCGUUACAAGCAAGGAUGGCUCAUGGAAAUCUCUAAUAACUUGGACCAUUGCAUUGCUCGCCUCAGAGAUGCAAGGAAGAAUAAAAUUGCCCUCAGCUUGGGUUACCAUGGGAAUGUGGUAGACCUGUGGGAGAGGCUUGCAUAUGAGCUGGACACAACAGGAGAGCUGCUAGCUGAUCUGGGGUCUGACCAAACUUCAUGCCACAACCCGUUCAGUGGGGGAUACUAUCCAGUCCAGCUUGGCUUUGAGGAAGCAAAGCAGCUCCUGUCCACCAAUCCGGGGAAGUUCCGAACCCUGGUACAAGAGAGUCUGAGGAGACAUGUGGCUGCUAUUAACAGACUAACUGAUAAGGGCAUGUUUUUUUGGGAUUAUGGCAAUGCUUUUCUCUUGGAAGCUCAAAGGGCUGGUGCUGAUGUUGAGAAAAAAGGAGCCAAUAAAACAGAAUUCAGAUAUCCUUCCUAUGUUCAGCACAUCAUGGGGGACAUUUUUUCCCUGGGAUUUGGGCCAUUCCGCUGGGUUUGUACCUCAGGUGACCCACAGGACCUUGCUACCACUGACUCAAUUGCCAUGUCUGUGCUGGAGGACUCCAUUCAUCGGGGAGUGAGCACAUCUGUGAAGCAGCAGUACCAUGACAACAUCCGCUGGAUUCGGGAAGCUGGGAGGCAUGGCUUGGUUGUUGGAUCUCAAGCUAGAAUCUUAUAUUCCGAUCAGAGGGGUCGUGUGUCUAUAGCCAUAGCUAUUAAUCGAGCGAUUGCCGAAGGAAGGAUUAAGGCUCCAGUUGUCCUCAGCCGAGAUCACCACGACGUGAGUGGGACUGACAGUCCCUACAGAGAAACAUCAAACAUUUAUGAUGGAUCAGCCUUCUGUGCAGACAUGGCGGUACAAAAUUUCGUAGGAGAUGCGUUCAGAGGAGCAACCUGGGUUGCCUUGCACAACGGUGGUGGAGUUGGUUGGGGUGAGGUGAUCAAUGGGGGAUUUGGCCUGGUUUUGGAUGGGUCCACAGAGGCCGAAGAACGAGCCAAGAUGAUGCUCAGCUGGGAUGUUUCCAAUGGAGUUGCGAGACGCUGCUGGUCAGGUAAUGACUACGCACAUGAAACCAUCUGCCAAGCAAUGAAGGACAAUACUGCACUGAAGGUGACUCUUCCUCAAAAAGUGGUGGAUGAGAACAUCUUAGAACAAGCCCUGAAAAGUUAGUGGUAUUCCAAGUGCAAUGUUGCCCUGGCAGAAACGUAUGAUAAAACGUGCAAAUGAUAAAAGCCUUGCAAUUGUCUCUGCCACGUGAGUUUUUUCCUUUUAACUCUUUAAUAGGGCAGACCUGUAUCUGUCUGUGAGAGGUCCACUGAUGUUAGGAUCAGCCUUUUCACUGAUAAGGAACUGAAGUUUUGUCCCUUGAAAUAAAAUAUAUAUGUAUAUAUA